AUGUGGGAGAAAAAUCUACUUGGAUGUCAAACAGCUAAGUCCCUCGUCCGUACUAUUUACUUCUACAAUGGCAAGUUAUUUGGAAUACGGUCGAAAGAGCACAGAAACCUAAGAGUGCAUAAUUUUCGUAUUGACUGCAAUUCAGUCACGCAUGACGAAAGUUUUUCUAAAACAUAUCAUGGUGGGUUAAAAGAUUUGAAAUACAACCCACGAGUCAUACAGCAUAUUUGUUGUUCAGGGAAGGAUGUUAACCAUUUUCCUUGCAUUGAAAAUUGUUACUCUACCUACAUAGAAAAAGUCAAGGAUUUGGCUAAAAGCAAUGAAGCAUUCUAUUUUAAACCGAAUAAUGAUGAGGCUGUUGUCGAGUAUUACAAUUUGGUUUUGGGCAUUAAUAGUCUGAAUAAAAUUCUACCUGAUUUAUGCGAAAGUGCCGGCGUGAGUCGUAAGACGUCUCAUUGCUUAAGAGUAACUUGUGCAACUCGAUUGUUUCAGUCGGAGGUCGAAGAAAAGCUGAUUAGAGAACGUACCGGUCAUAGGUCGAACGCUUUGUUGGCGUAUGAAAAGGAGAGUUCUGAGCAAAAUCGUAAAGUUAGUAAGAUCUUAGGUCCUCCUGAAGUGAUUGUUGAUGACGUUGUUGAGCUAGAGGACGACAUUCCUCAAUUAAAUUCCUUGAGAAACAGCAAUUCAGACUUGUUUGAUUUUGACGUUCCUGAUGAAGUUGAUGAAAUAUUAGCUACUAUGGGUUUGCCUGGGAAUAACGAAAUUACAAAAACUUCAACUAGUUCUGCAACGGGUUCUAGUGCAACGUUGUCAUGCAGGCUGUGUAUUUAA